UACAAAAUGAGAGACAUGGGCUCUUCUUAACUUGCUAGUCCCUCACUCAACAUAUCUCCCCGGAAAUACUGGUUGACUUUAUUGGCCUGGUCCGGAAAGCCGGUGGUUCUCUCUUUCCUGCUCCAUUAUAAUAACUCUUUCCUGGGUUGUGUUUCUUGAAGGGAAUGUCUGAAAAUCCUUAAAAGCAAAAUCUUUGGUGUUAGUGUACGUUACUGAUAUUUUCUGCAUUAUGAAGAAGGUUUCUGGGUUGUGGGGGGUUUUGCUUUUGGUGCUAAUGUUCCUUGGUGUCUCUAGCAGCAGAAAAGCCUCCUUAUUUCCAGAUAUGCUUGUCAACCACCACGGUGAUGGUUUGAAAAUGACAAGUACAAGCAGGAGACUCCAGGUGAUCAGCGGAUACAAUCACAGGCACAGGCACACAGGCAAUGUAGAUCUGGAUGAUUACCGCCCCAUUGAUCCUUCUCCAAGUUCAAAAGCUUCUAUUAAACCUGGACCCAUCGAGCACAGCGCGCCUAUAAUCCCAUAUAUUCCAAAUCCAAAGUCUUCGCCUCCUCGUUCUCCCAGUCCAAGUGGUUCUCCUUAACAAGCUCAAACCUUGUUCCUCCAGUGUGGAUUAAUCUCGAUGUUAACUGCAAUCCGGUCGUUGUUUAACUUUUAACAAGUAAUUAGCUUCUAUGCAUUGUAGUUAUGUGUAUAAUGCCCGUGCAGACAAUACAGACUACUACUGUGAUCUGUGAAGCAUGUAAUCCCUUUUAUGUGUGUUUAUUAGUUGUGAUCAUAUUCAUAUGAGUUUCUUGUGCCUUCCUAUGAGGCAUGAAUCUCUGGGAUAUUGAAUUGUUGAUCUAUAUCUGCAUUUCAUCGUUAAUUUUAUCCCAAAGAUUUCUGCGUGCAAAAUGUUAAAUAAUGGG